UAAAGAACCAGGAAGCAAACGCAGGCAGAGAAGGUACUUUCCUGUGAAAAACAAAACAGAGGGAGAGAAGAGGAGCGACAAACGGGCACUUUUUGCUUCAAAAUGUUGCCAGUCGCUUUUUUCGUUUUGUUCCUCACUUUCAGCAUCGCAAACAGCGAGACACACUCCCUGACCUACAUCUACACGGCCUUCUCCAAACCUGUGAACCUCCCAGGAAUCCAUGAAUUCACUGCUAUGGGUCUGCUGGACAACAGAAUGAUCGACUACUAUGACAGCACUACUCAAAAGAAAAUUCCCAAACAGGACUGGAUGGAGGAGGAACUCAAGCAGGAAUACUGGGAUAAAGGAACUCAGUCCCGGCAGAGCAAGCAGCAGUGGUUCAAGGUUAACAUCGACAUCCUGAUCAACCGGAUGAGACAAACUACUAAUGAAACUCACAUUCUCCAGUGGAUGCAUGGAUGUGAAGGUGUAGAAGAUGAAAAUGGUAACCUCAAGUUUGUGCGUGGUGUGGACAUGUACAAUUAUGAUGGAGAUGACUUCCUGGGAUUUGAUGAUGAGCAUCAGGUUUGGGUGGCUCCAGUGGAGGCAGCCCUCACCACCAAGAGGAAGUGGGAUGAAGUCACAGCUCUGAAAGACUACACCAAGGGUUACCUGGAGAAGGAGUGCAUUGAAUGGAUGAGCACCUUCCUGAAAUAUUCACAACCACAGCUCAAAAAAGCCUCUGCACCUGAAGUUUACCUGUUUGCAAGAGAAGCUAGAGAAAAGUCAAACAUUGUUCUGACGUGCCUCGCCACUGGAUUUUAUCCCAAAGACAUCAUUAUGUACAUCAAAAGAAAUGGCCGAAAUCUCACAAUUGAAGACGGAGUGGUGACCUCUGGAGUUCGACCAAAUGACGACGACACCCAUCAAAGGAGAGACCAUGUGGAGAUUCUCAGGACUGACUCCGCCUCCUACAGCUGUCAGAUCAUUCAUGCUGCUUCCAACAUGAACGUGGAGAACUCGUGGGAUCAUCAUCUUCCUCCAAAUGAAAGCAUCCCCAUUGCCGCUAUCGUUGUUCCCGUACUUUUGGUCCUGAUUGGUGGUGCCAUAGUUCUGUUCGUGUUGUUUAAAAAAGGAAUCAUCGGUAAAAAAAGGGAGGAUGUUCCUGCCGGAAGAGACCCGGUGAAUGUGCCUUUAAUUGAUGGUAAAAAAAGGGAGGAUGUUCCUGCCGGAAGAGACCUGGUGAAUGUGCCUUUAAUUAGUGGUUGGUAUUUUCCAUUUCAGAGCUUUGCAUCAUGUGUAAAUAUUUCUCUGCUAGGGGAAAGGACUAUUUAAUAAUUCUGUACAUUAGAUUUUUUUU